AUGUCAAAGAUCUACGAGAUUGACCCCGAUGCGGACACGCUUGUCGUCGUGCGGGCGCUGGCAGAGCCGUUUGCGCCGUGGCCCGUGCAGAAGGGAAACGCCCCUGCUGGGGCGACAGGCAAGAAGGCAGAUACCCACGAGGUACGCAUCAAGGCGUCGUCUAAGCACCUGAGCUUGGCGUCGACGUACUUCCGCGAUCGCUUCAGGUGGAAGUCGGCGGCUGCAGGCUUCGGCUUGGACGGGGUCCUUGGCGUGCAGCCAGAUGGGAGGGUCCAUGUCGUCCUCGAGGGGCUGGACGGCGCGGCCACAACGGCAGUGCUGAACAUUGUGCAUGGACGCAGUGGCGACCAGCGGGUGCCACGGACAGUUGAACUGGACUCUUUGGCACGCAUCGCCGUCGUCUUGGAUCGAUUUCAGCUGCAGGAAGCCGUGGACGUGUAUGCGGAGCGCUGGAUCGGGGCGCUGCGCCGACGCGGGCUGCCGACGCGCAGCGGCCGCGACCUCGUGCUGUGGAUCUAUAUCGCAUAUGUCUUCCAGCGUGACGACAUCUUCCGUGAGGUCGCGCGCGUGGCUGCCACCCAAGGCGCAGGCCCACUGCCAUCAACUUUGCCGGGGCUGCCGCUGCGCACGCGGAUCGCCCAGGACGUCGAGGAGCAGCGACAACAGGCGAUUGCGGCGGGGUUGGACCUUCUGCACGGUGCAGUGGACUUGUUGCUGAAAUCAGACGAUGGGGCUGGCGAUAACGAAGCUGUCUUGCUGGGCAUCCUCCUCAAGACACUGCAGCGAAACGGCCUAACAUGGCCGCAGCUAAGAAACCACACACAUCCGCACAGCCAACAUUGCUCAUUCCUGCCUACCAUCUCUACCGACCUCGUCCCGAACGUCAUCAUGGGCUCCGAUAAGCUUGUCCUGUAUACCAGUCACCUGUGCCCCUGGGCCCACCGCGCGCACAUUGCGCUUGCGGAGCUCGGCAUCAAGGUUGAGGAGGUUAUCAUUGACCUGGACCGGCCGCGCGACCCGUGGUAUCUCGAAGUGAACCCGCGAGGCCUUGUGCCGUCGCUUAAGUACAAUGACGAGAUCAUCACAGAGUCAGCCAUUGUCGCCACCUUCCUGGCCGACGCCUACCCGGACGCGGCGCCGCUGCUGCCGACGUCAACGAGCCCGGGCGGUGCCUUGACGCGCGCCCGCAUCGCUUUCUUCGUCGACACUUACUUCACAAAGUUGCAAUCCAACAUCUUCAAGCUGGGCGGCGUCAAGUCUGAGUCCGAGCAGGCCGCGCUGGCCACUGCCUUUGCCACCGCUGCCGCCAAGGAGCUAGAGCCGUUGCUGACCAACACAUCGGCCGAAAAGCCGUUCUUUGGUGGCAGCGCCCGUCUGACCCUCGCCGAGGUGCUCACUGGCUCCUUUGUGCUGCGCGUCGUCACGCUGUCCAAGCGCGGCGUCUACCCGAAUUCCCUGCCGACGGUUGUGCCUGCCCAGGCGCCCAAGUUCUGGGCCUGGGCCGAGGCUGUUGCCGCCCACCCCAGCGUCACUGGCAUCUACGAUGAGGACAUCGUGGCCAAGUCAACCAAGUCCCGGCUCGAGAAGCAGCGUGCGGGCCUGUGA